AUGUGGACGGCCAUCGGAGCACUGCGCGCUCCUGCGCCGCGUAGAUCCUGCUACGACGACCUGUGCCUCUCCGAAGGCGACAAUGUCGUCGUCGCAGUCUCUGGCGGUGUAGACUCGAGCGUGACCCUCCGCCUCCUCUCUGAACUACCCCUCAACCUCUCCGUCCUCUUCAUGCGUAAUUGGGACCCCGUCCUUUCUGAGAACGCGCCAGCGUCCUCUUUAAGCUUAGCAUACAAUAACCCAGCUGUCCACUCUCCUUGUACGUGGGAGCGCGACUGGGCCGACGCGCGCGCCGUCGCCCGACACAUCGGCAUUCCCGACAAUAAGGUCCGGCUGGUCGACUUGACCGCCGAGUACUGGACGCGCGUGUUCGAGCCAUCUAUCGCCGAGUGGGAGCAGGCCAGGACACCCAACCCCGAUGUCUGGUGUAAUCGCGAGAUUAAGUUUGGAGCGCUUCUCAAACAUAUCCCCGAGGGCCACUUUCUCGCCACAGGUCACUAUGCGCGCGUGCGAAGGCAAGGUGGAAGAGCAACACUCCACCGCGCGCAUGAUAUGAACAAGGACCAGACGUUCUACCUCUCCCAAGUCACGGAGGCCGCCUUGCAACGAGCCGUCUUUCCUCUGGCUGGGCUGCCGAAACCCGCGGUGCGAGAGCUUGCUCGUGAAUGGCAUCUCCCAACUGCCGAGCGGCGAGAGAGCAUGGGCCUAUGCUUCAUUGGCAAGCGCCGUAACUUUGGCGACUUUGUCUCCCAAUACGUCCCUCCUACGACGGGAUGGUUCGUCAACGAGGCUGGGCAACGGGUGGGCGAACACAAGGGCCUAUCGCAAUACACGGUGGGCCAGCGUGCCCGGAUCAUCCUCUUGAAACCCGGACUCAAGUCGGAUAUGUGGGGCAAGUUGUUCGUUGCGCGCAAGGGAGUCAAUGGCGGAAACGAUAUCCUCGUCGUGCCGCGUACCGACCACCCCGCAUUGCUGUGCAGCGAGUUGUGGAGUGACGAGUUCAAUUGGAUUGCAGGGGAGCCUCCACUGUUGGAGGACGGGCACGAAUUGAUGGCCCAAGUACGGCAUCGAGAAGCGCCGUUCCGCGCCCAUAUGCGCGUCGACGGCAGCCGUAUCUACGUCACGUUCCCGGAUCCCGUCAGGGCCGUUCCGCUGGGCCAGGUCGCCGCGUUAUGGGACGGCGACAAGUGUCUCGGAUCAGGCGUUAUCCACGGCACGCACCUUUCCCCACCCAUCGGUGGCUCAUCGCCUCCUUCAGACGCAGACCUUUCCCCACCCAUCGGUGGCUCAUCGCCUCCAUCAGACGCAGCAUCCAAGUUCUCAGCCAAGCCAAGCCCGGCAGAGUCGAGCGCCACCGGAACACGGCUCCGGCGGGAAUCUGUUCCUCUGACUGUCCCUACGCCGCCCGCCCUCCCAGGCCCCACACCUCUCUCUGGCGUGCGCGCUGCCCCCUCGAGACAGACUGAGCCGGCAGUGAAGCGCAGGCGCACUGGCCCCUCGAGACAAACUGAACCGGUAGUGAAGCGCAGGCGCGCUGUCCCCUCGAGACAGACGGAACCGGCAGUGAAGCGCAGGCGCGCUGCCCCAUCAAGACAGACUGAACCGGCAGUGAAGCGCAGGCGCGCUGUCCCCUCGAGACAGACUGAACCGGCCGUGAAGCGCAGGCGCGCUGUCCCCUCGAGACAGACUGAACCGGCCGUGAAGCGCAGGCGCGCCGCCCCCUCGAGACAGACUGAACCGGCAGUGAAGCGCAGGCGCGCUGCCCCCUCGAGACAGACGGAACCGGUCGUGAAGCGCAGACGGCAGGUGCGCGUCGCCAGAACUGUCCACGGGCGCGGUAUCUUCGCCCAGCGCGACUGUGACCGUGGCGAGAUUCUUUAUGCCGAAGCGCCGCUGCUCACUGCCCCGCGAAGAGUCGAUACGGGGGAGCUUUUGCAUCUCGCUCAGCAACUCGAAAAGAACAGCCUCCUCCGCCUCCUGUCGUGGGAAGGCGGAUGCCCGAAUGGCACGUCGUCGAUUCUCGCCAUAUUCUUGGCGAACGCUAUUCCCUGCGUCGAGGAGGAGCCGGACGACGACGCGGCGCGAUCCAACCAACCCGCAGGAUUGUUUAGGUACGCAUCACAGAUCAACCAUGCGUGUUCGCCGAAUGCGGGCUGGCAUUGGUCCGAGCAAGAGAAGAAACUGACCGUGCGCAAGGCGAGCAACACGAAUCGCCGCCGCCUUGGAGCCAUAUUAGCCGGGUGGGAGGAGUGCGGCAUCGAUCAUUGCCUUGGGACGGCGCGAGCGCAGACGCUGGCCGAAGUUGAGGAGGCGGUGAGACUCUGCCGGACAGAGCGACUCGUCGGAGACCUGAGCACGAUCUGGCUCCAGAAGUUCUACGUGCAUGCUGCGCAUGCCGAGUACGAUAUGGCCAAGCACGCUGCGCGCAAGGCCGUCGCAGCACUCUCGCGCGUACGUGGCAGAUAUGCGGCGCAGAAGCACUGGCUCGCGUCGUACGCCCGCGAUCCGGCGGUGUGGGAGACUUACGGGAUCUGCAUUCCAACUCAGCAUUAA